CAAAUAGUUGCUGUCUGUAUCCACAAGACCCCUGGGCUUCUUACACUCCAAAGUCCUCUUAUCGCAACUCUGCACUACUUAUUACUCAUCUACUGGUAAGAAAUAAGAAAAAUAAAGUAACAGGAUAUAAAAAAGAUCGAAGUGAGUCAUCAUAGUGAAAGAUCGAGAAGCCGGAGUGAAUGAGGAGGAGGCGGUAGAUGAGGAGGACGUGGAGGUGGUAAACAAAAACGAUCAAUGUCGUCUUCUUUCGAUUCCGGGAUCCUACUGAGCGAGGGAGGCGGUGCGAGCUCUUUGGAUGUCGACUCGCCGACUCGCGGAUUCCCAGGUAGACCUGGUGGUUGCCAUGCGAUGUCGACGCCGAGCCCGAGACUUCGACAUUACAGGACAAUGACGGCCAUUUGUUUCGUGUGCAAUCUGCCGAUACUGAGCCAUCAAGUUGGCUUAGUGUGGCAGGGCGGAAAUGGAUGGGAUGAUCUUGUGAGAGAACAGGUCGAGGAAUUGACUUUGAAACAACGACUAGGAACAGGAAGGAGAGAUUCUGCAGCCCAAAUAGGAGCUCCACUCUCUCCACCAAAUGAAACUCAAGAAUCUUCGCCAACUCAUCAUAACCGCCGUCGGCGUUCGAGUUUGGCGGACAUCCUGCGUGACUGGAGCGGCAGUAAUUCAAACAAAAACAAGAGUGGUAACAAACUUUGCCGACGUGAAACCCUUGCAGACAUCGCCAAGUCCUUGCCUUGGCCGCGACAGCAGACGACAGAGUCCGGACAUGCCGCAAGUUUACGAAAGCGCCGGGAGAGUUCCGUCGACAGCGGGAUCAAGAGUUCGAUCACCAGCAAGUCGCGUCGGGACUCGGCCAUCAGUGACCUCAAAAAUGAUUUCGCCAAAUUGUGGAACAAACGUGACACCCAGCCCCAGCAAUCGCCGACUAUCAUUUCACCCACCACCCGACGAGGAUCAAGUGAGUCGAGGUACUCGAGACGAGGAUCCGGUGAAAGCGCGAGAACAAGAAGGGACAGCGUCGUCGGCGGUCCUUGUGGCGAACGAAAACAUCAGUGUCGACAUCACAAACGUAAGCAAUCACAGCAGUCUCAGAUUUCUCUUGACGCCGGUGCGAUUACACCAACAAAGUACUACAGGAUGGAUCAAAGACCCAGCGCCUCGAGCACUGAUAGUGCGGCAUCUGCUGCUGUUAGAGAACAGUUGGAGGCACAGAGAAGUCAGACGGACAAGCCGGAGUCUAAAAAUUACUUGACACCAGAAACGAAAUCAUUCGGGACGGAUCCCAAGUCCCCGUCGACACACGAUCAUCCUAAGGCAGACAAAAAUUAUUUGACACUCGAACCGGGCAUAAAUACGCCCACGAUAAUAAUGUCAUCGACAACUCCGCCGGCAAUAUCGCCCACAGUAAACAAUUUGCCGCUUCCUGGAGCUGCGGUGUCCGGGGGGCUGAGUCCUGUCGGGUCGCCGAGUGUCAACAACACCCCCACCCACCCUCUGCUCACUACCAGAAGGGACUCCACCACCCAGUGCUACUACGGCAAAGGAAAGGAAGUCUCCUCGAGCAAGCUGUCAAGACUGACACGACAGGCUGCGACUAUUGACGAAUCACCAUCGGGAAGACGCAGCAGCCAGCCCACGCUAUCGCCGGAUCCCGACGACGGAGGUCGCAAAGCAAGAAGGGACUCGCUGAGCCCGGACUCGGCCUCUUAUUCCAGACGCCGAGACUCAAAAAGCCAUUUGAGUCCGGACAGAAAUGCCGCUGAAAAACGAGACUUUAGUCCUAACAGACAAAGGCGACCUUCGAGAUUACGAAGACAAUCUACUACUAUUAUCGGACGUCCUGCUAGAUCACCAGACAGUUCGUCAUGUUCCUCUCGGGACCCGAGUCCUUGUGCCCGCGGCCUCGGCAGCAUCCAACACGCCCCCGUAAUCCGCAGACAGUCGACCACCGAAGAGAUCCUCAUGUCCCGCGGAUUCAGACGCCAGAGCACCACCGAAGAGAUGAUCCGGUGUCGCAACUUCCGCAGACAAAGUUCUCAAAGCGAUGACACCGUACAACGUUACCGCGGUCGACGAGACAGUUCAGCGCAGAUAACCGACGGAACCUUCCAAUCGAUGACCGUCGAAACAUCCAGUACCUUUUUUGACAGCAGUACACAAACAGAACCGUCACCGCCUUACGACAACAAUCACUAUCAUGAGGAGUGUCUGAAAUGUAACAGCUGUGGCCUCAAUCUCACGGGACCCAAUCAGAAAAGAGCGAGACGGUUCAAAAACCAGAUUCUUUGCGACCUGCACUUCGCGGACGUCGCGCUGAUGGAGUGCUCGGACUUCAUGCAGCAGUUGCGCAGCUUUAAGCCUCAAAGUUUGGGCUGCGCAGUGGCCCGACGAAAGUCCUCAACGACACUCAUCUUCCCGCUUCCACCUCAAGCCUGCUCAGAUGAAUUUUGUAAAGAAUUUCCUCACAAUUUGAUACCGACCCCUGGGUAUUGGAUCGAGUGUUCGAGGCAGCAAAUAACCUCUGACACUAUUUGGGACGAGAGUGAAAGCGACCGGGAUUUCACGGAUCCUGAGCAAGUUGAUGAGCAAGCAGAGCUCUCUAUAAUGAACAAACGACAGGAAUUCUGUCUGUUCGAGGAGAACGAGAUGGAGGACGAGGACGUGCCGCGUAAGAAAACGACCAUCGAGGAGCAGUGGGAAAAGAACCAGGGCUUCGAGCUGACCUCCGUUGAGCAGGAGACCUACGAGAAAUAUUUUUACGGGUCCGAGCACUGGAACUACUUCACCAACGACGAGGACCUGGGCCCGGUGAUACUCAGCAUAAAGCAGGAGACGAUAAGCGGGAGAGAUCAAUUCAGAAUACUCGUACGUGCCAUCAGUUACACCGUUCACGGGCUCAUACCUGCCAGCUGCGUUUUCGCUGAUAGGUACAAUCGUGAAGAGGUAGUAAAGAGCCUGGGUAAAGAGGUGAAUAUAAAUCCAGCAUUGACGUUAGGACAGCUACCAGACACCCCAGAAGAACUUCUCAAGCUAGACCAAGUGUUCAUAAAGUCGGAGCUUAAAGUCGGAGUGAUAUAUGUGCAAGAGGGCCAGUACACCGAGGAGGAGAUACUCGACAACAACGACAGCUCUCCAUUUUUCGAAGAGUUUCUGCAGAUACUGGGUGACAAAAUACGUCUGAAAGGGUUCGACAAGUACAAAGGCGGUCUCGACACCGUCCAUGACCUGACGGGUCUCUACUCGGUCUACACCAACUGGCGCGGAAUCGAGAUCAUGUUUCACGUGUCCACUCAGCUGCCUUACGAAAAACACGAUCCUCAGAAGCUUCAAAGGAAACGACACAUCGGCAACGAUAUCGUCUGCGUGGUGUUCCUUGAAGCCGACAACACCCAAUUCAGCCCGGCUUGUAUUAAAUCUCAUUUUCUCCACACUUUUAUUAUCGUGCGUGUCAGCCCGAGGAUCAAGAGAAAAGUUACUAGAUACGAGGUCUCGGUUGUCACGAGAGACGAAGUCGGUGCUUACAAACCUUAUUUGUGGGAACAAAGCGUCUUCGAAAAAGGUCCAAUGUUCCGAGAAUGGAUUCUCACAAAAAUAGUAAAUGGCGAGCGCGCGAGUUACUCUGCGCCGAAAUUCGCCCGAAUGCAGGAACGAACCAGGAGCCAAAUGCUCGAGGACAUCGUAGCGAACCUCGCGAACCACGCGGAGACUGGACAGAUUCCGAAGCCGUACCGUCGAGGCUCCUGGCGACCUAUUGGACACAUGCGGCCGUCUUCGCCUCUCCUGGACUCGGUGCGGGACCAGUUCGAGGACUACGACCAGCUGGCCAAGGACUUCACCCGAGUCUUCCUCAACAACGCGGACAACGUCCAGAUCCACGCGAGUCUGUUCGACGUGGCCUUCCUGGUUCCUGGUCAGCAGAAGCAGAAGGUCAGAUUUAUUGGCGUACGUGCCAUCCUUGGAGUACGCAGCAGGGUAUUCCAGGAAAUGCUCUACGGGAUUCAAACCGGGUUCGGCAGCCCGCAAGUUCCAGUCGCGGAAUUGCUGGCGAGACCUGCGCCGACUCUUCUUAGCCCGCAGAAACCAAAGAGCUCAAACUUUCUGCAAGUUCCUGACAUUGAAAGCCCUAGGCCCAAAAGUGUGCCCUCGUCGCCGAUGGUAAAAAGAGCGUUCUCGAGACUCGGAACCAUCACCGCCGGAUGGGGGAGGAGUAUAAGGAAACACGGGAGCAAUACUCUGCAGGUUGAAGACAGAAAGCGGUGGACUUCUUCCCAAGACUGCAGCAAUAAAGAAGCAAAAGAGAAAGAAAAAGCAGCCCAGUCUCUCGCAGUACCAAGACUGAGUGUUUGUGCUGACGCCCAGAAAGUCGAUCGUGCGAAAUUGGCACAAACUGAAUUCGACAUAAUCGAAUUCGACCCCGAAACGUUCGGAAUACUAUUGGACUACUUGCAUACCGGGUCAUGUCCGCUGACUUGCAGCAACAUCCCGGGCUUGAUAUGCGCGGCGGAACAUUACGACCUUCCGGAUUUGCUGCAAGCUUGUUUCCACCAUGCGAAGCAAUUCCUGAGGAUCGAAAUAGUCUGCGUGAUGCUCUGUGCCCUGGAAAAUUACUACUGGCGCUACACCUCUGCCUCAGAACUGGUCAACAUGAUCCUCGCGUUCGUCGAGACUCGCGCUUACCAAUUAUUCCAGAGCCCGCACUUUCUCACCCUCAGCGAGAGUAUGGUCCAGACGAUAAUGUGCCGUGGGCUCGAGGUUGUCGAGAUUAAAAAAUUUGAGGCCAUGCUCAGCUGGGCGAAGCACAGAAUAAAAACGAAGGCGUCGAAAGUCGACGCGAAACAUGAAUUUAAAUGCAUAAUGGAGCGACUGAGUAAGGACUUGAAGUUGUACCGAAUUACGCCGCAAGAGUUAAUAAGGAUCGUCCUGCCAUCGAAGGCGAUCAAGAAUGAACGGAUCCUCGAGACGCUGAUGUUCCAAGCAAACUCGGGAAUUUAUCGGAACGUCGACACUUAUUUGGAAGACUAUCAGAAGAGGAUACAAAAUCAGGAAAGUUUUGACUAUGGUAUUUAAAAUUACAUUAACAAAUAAAUAAUUAUUAAUUCAAAAAUGUUUUUAUUAAUAAUUAUUUAUUUGUUGUAAAAUUUAUUUAUGUCGAACGCACACUAAACAUAUCGAGUAUCCUCGUUAAGUAAAUAAUUUAUAAAUAACUGGGUGGCUUGAGUAUUAUAUUUUGUAUCUAAUGAAUAAUAGUUUGAUAAAUAUUAUUUUUAUUGACCUAUAGGCCGAGGGUUAUAAUUAAAGUUUGUAGGGUAAUUUUGUAAAAAGUUUAUUUAUUCGAAAUUAGGUUUUUAUUAUUUUUACUGUAAAAAUUUAAAUUAGGGAAAAAUGAAGCGACAAAAUACGGCAGCUGCGGGUGUUAUUAGCAUAUCGCGUGCCAAAAGGUAAAAGGGCGCAUAAUUAAAGACAUGCGCCCUUUAAGCUUUGGGAAAACAAUGUUUGAUUUUCAAGCGUAAAAAAUGUUUACUAAUCAAUUGGCGAUGAAAAAAAAAUUAUGCGUCUUUUUGGCACGCGAUAUGGAUGGUAAUUAAAUAUGAUCAUUGUAACAUAUAUGUGUUGGUUUUUUAUCCUUGUAUAUGUUGACGCAAAAAAUUAUAUGAAAAUUUCCACUCCAUUGACCCAAAAUUAAGUCUCAUUUAAGGGGAAAGAGGUCUGAGAUACAAAAGAAAAGAGCAGAUUUUUGUGAUUUUUUUUUAGUCAGUACUUUCGUUAUUAAAAUUCUUAAAAUUUGUGAUCUUAUUAAGCAUCAAUCCAAGAAUAUUCUCCUAAAUUUUCAUGGAAAAAUAUUGAAAAAUGAGCCAGUGGUAGUGGGGAGAGACGAGUCGGUUCCAUGCGUUUUGAUCCCCGGACAUAAUAUCCCCUGGACAAUUGAUCGUCUGAUGGUUGAUCCUGAGGACUUCUAUUCGAAACGAUGUGACAUAAAAAAAUGGCGGUUUAUGUGUCAUUAUCUUUACAUAUACUCACGACAUCAAUUCUUGAUUAGAGUUGUUACUCUGAAUAAAAUUACGGGGUAAAAUAACCGUAAUUGGGUUUUUUGGAGAUUUUGUCGUGGGACUUUUUGUCUGUGGACGUUUUGUCAUGGGGAUCAAUUGUCGUGGCUGUAGUGGGGAGAGACGAGUCACCUCAAAAAAAAGUAUAUGCCGUAAGCAGGAUAAUUCAUGACUGCCUCAUCUGGAACCAAAAAGAUUUCUUUGGUAAAUAAGUUUAUCUUGGAUUUGAACGUCGGAAUAAACAAAAUAUUCAUUUUUGAAUUUUUGGUAAAGGUGCAACCAAAAAAUUAUGAUUUUCGCCUCAAUUUGUUCCUUUUGAUUAAUUAAAAAAUAAGUAGGAAUUGAAAAAAAAAAAAAAAUCCUUUGUUGAAAUCUAAGAUAAACUUAUGCACAAAAAAAAUCUUUUUGGUUUUUUUAUUUCAGAUGAGGCAGUCGUGAAUUAUCCCGCCUACGGCAUAGAUUUUUUUUUGAGGUGACUCGUCUCUCCCCUCUACUACUGGCACAUUUUUCAAUAUUUUUCUUUGAAAAUUUAGGAGAAUAUUCUUGAAUUGAUGCUUAAUAAGGUCACAAAUUUUGAAAAUUUUAAUAACGAAAGUACUGACUAAAAAAAAAACCACAAAAAUCUGCUCUUUUUUUGAAUCUCAGUCCCGUUUCCCGCCUUAGAAUUUUUAAUUUAAAAAAAAAUGAAGUUGUUUUAUAAAAAGUAAAAAUGAUAGAUUUAUAAAUAUAUGUAAGACAAAUAUAUGAAAGAGAUGGUUACGCCAAUAAUGACAAUCUGUAUUAUAUAAAUAAAUAAUAAAUAGUAUUGUAAAAUAUAAAAGUAAAAGAAAUAUUCCCCUAUAAAAUUUAUGAAAUAACUGAAUAAUAAUAAUGAUGAACAUAAAUAUUAUUAUAUAUAUAUUAAUAUAAAUAUAAAGCAUAUUAACUAUUAUUAUGAUAAGUGACGUAUUAAGGAAUUUUAAUAAAAAUUCGUUAACAUUUGAGUGUCUGGAGAAAUAAAUAUUUGAAAUCUGUUCUGUUUUUCUAUUGUAGAUUUUGUAUCUUUAAUAGUCUGGUUAAAAAACUAAAUUUAUAAAUUAUAAGUAACAAACGCAGUAGACAUCGUGCGAUGUGUUGCCGAAUUAAUUUUAUAAAGAAAAAAAAAUAUGAGUAAAAACGUUAAUAAUUAAUGAUAAUAAAAGUUUGAAUUAUUUGUUAAUUAUAGUUUGCGAAAAAUAAUGAUAUUUUUUAUACUAAAUCGCAAUGAUUUAGUUUACACAAUUAUUUGUGUUGUUUUUAUUGUUGAUUAUUGAUAAUUAACUAACCCGUUGAUAAAUGAGAUAUUAUUGAUAUUAUUAAUUAUUGAUGAUGUUUAUUAAAAUGUAACAGUUUUACAGGAAUUUUAUCAGAGCAGGAUUAAUAUAUAAGUAAAGUAUAAAUAAUAUAAUAAAAUAACAAUGUUCGAUUCUUCUAAACCUGCUUCGACUGUUGAAUAAUUUAUUAAUUUUAUUUAAUAAACAUAUAUACAUAUAUUAAUAUCCCGAUAAAAAAAGAUUUUGUAUAAUUAUAUAUAAUUAUAUAUAAGUCCAUAUAUAAUCAGAUCUGAAAAUUGGCCAGGCCUGAUCAUAUAUAAUCAUAUAUGAUUAGAUAUAAUCAUGCAUGAAUGAAUAUAGUCAUUUUUAAAAUCUCAUUGAAAAUAUCUGUAAAUUAUUAAUUAAGUGAUUUAAUUAAGAUUUAUUGUCUUCAUUAAUAUAAAUGUUGGUUAAAUUAAAAUUACAAAAAAAAUUAAAAUUACUAUCAAUAAACUAUUAAUAUAAUACGGGGUCACCCGUCCAAUUAAUGACCCACGUCGAUGCUGCUUAACUCUGGUAAUGGCUUGAUAGUAGUCUGGUCCUCUCGUCUGCUAUGCACUUAUAAUUAAGGAAAAUUUAUGGCAUUACUUAACCCAAAUAAUGAAAUUGAUACAUCCUACGUAAAUAAUGCACCUAAUGGAUUUGGUUUUGUAUAUAAAUUACAAUAGAAUUCAUUAGAUAGUUAUAAUCAAAUCUUUUUAUCUAUAGAUAUAUAAACUUAUAAAUAUCCAUAUAUAAAUUGAUAUCUAUUUAUACUUUUAAAAUUCUGCCGAAACCUUUGAACAUUUUUUACGUAAUGGGGAUUUAAGUUUGAUUGAUAGCUGACAAAAUAAAAAUUAAAUGACAUUAAUAUUAAAAUUGUCACAUUAUGUUAAAUAUAUAUAUUGGACCUCUAUACAUAAUUAGAUAUUUUUAGGUUUCAUAUCAUUAAAGUCUGAUCAUAUCUAAUCAUAUAUAGACAUAUAUAUAACUACAGAUAAGUUUAUAUCAGUCGUGUCUGAUCAGAUCUAAUUAUAUAUAGACUUAUAUAUAAUUAGACCUGAUCAUAUAUAGGCUUAUACAUGAUUAUACCUAGCCUUCAUCAUCCAGGUCUGAUCAGAUCUAAUUAUAUAUAGACUUAUAUAUAAUUAGACCUGAUUAUAUAUAGGCUUAUAUAUGAUUAUAUCUAGCCUUCAUCAGUUAGAUCUAAUUAUAUAUGUCUAUGUAUAAUUAGACCUGAUCUUAUAUAGACUUAUAUAUGAUUAUACCUAGCCUCCAUCAUCCAGGUCUGAUCAGAUCUAAUUAUAUAUAGGUUCAUAUACAAUUAUAUAUAAUUCCAUGUAUAACCAUGUAUAAUCAUAUAUAAUUCCAUAUAUGAUUAUAUAUAAUUAUAUAUGAUAUCAUAUAUAAUCAUAUAUACUCAUAUAUACUCAUAUAUAAUCAGACAAAAUCAUUUUUUAUCGGGAUAUAUCUUUAACUAUAAGUAUCGUGACUAAAUUUUUUUUGUGAAAAUUCUAAUGGGAAAUAAUAAAAUUUUUCUUGAUUUAAAUUGGGGUAAAAGUGGAAGACUUGAGCUGAGGAAGAGACGCCGACAUUUAAUAAGCAGUAGGUUAUGGCCGACCGACGCUAACCUCACUUUUGAAAAUUAAAUUUCGAGUGGAUUAAAAUCUAAAAGAGAUCAAUCACUUGACGAAAACGGGUUGAAUAUUUUUAAUACCAACAGCCGACUUUCCCUCACUUUUUUUUAUUUUCCAUAGGAUUAAACUGUAACUAAAAAAUAUCUGCUGCAAUAGAGACCAGUCAGCUAAAAAUAUAUAGACGUCUAAUCCUCAGCGAUAUUAAUUUCGAAAAAAUCUACCGCCUCUCCCAAACUCUUAUUUUAUUUUUCUCCAAUUAAAUUCAUAACUUAAUUAUAGUAUAUAUAUUUUUUGUCGAUGUUAAAAAUUCUACAUUAAAUAAUUAAAAAUAUAAAUUUAAAAAAAGCCCAACUCUCCCGCUUUUACUCAGUUAAAUUUAAAAAUUCCCCGUUUUGGUUUUUGAAUCGACAACUUGACUAUAAAAUUCUUAUAGUCAGCAAGUGACUAAAAAUAUAUCAUAUCGAGUACAAUUGAACUUGUAAAUUUAUUUAAUUAACAAAAAUUAUAAAUAAAUGACUUUCGUUUCGCUGAUCCAUGGACUCAACUUACGGAAACUAACAAUUAAAAAAAAAAUAAAUAAAUAAAAAAUGAAUUGUAAUUUAUUUAUUUCCCAUAAAAGUAAAAAUAUAAAACUGAUGAGUGUCUUAUUGUUCUGAAUAUUAAAAUAAAUAAACGACUGGACGAAAGUAAAUUUUCCAUUGCAACUUCUCUGCUAUUUAAUCAUAACAACAAUAAUUAUAUAUCCAACAAAUAAUAGUAAUUGUAAUUAAAACCAUGAUAAGAUCGUUGCGAUCUCGAGUCGAAUGUUCGUUGAAAAUAUAUUAAUGAAUCAGUACAUUUAUCAUUAGCCAUCGAUUUAUUAAUAAAUGAAUAAUAAAUACUAAUAUAAUAAUAAUAACAAUAAGAAUGAUGAUGAUGACGAUGAUAAAACUUGAAGAAAAAAUUAAUUAUAGUUUAUCAGUACAAAAUAAUACCCAUAUAUAUAUUUGAACUGUCUUUGUAUCUCCGACUAUAUUUUAUCAUACUUGUAUAUAAAUAUAUAAAUGAUAUGGGAGUAAAUAAAUAAUGUGCUUCACAUCACAUGUAUUGUUCGAUAAAUCGAAACUUUGUGUAAUAAUAACUAUAUUGUAAAAAAAAAUAUAUAUAUAUAUAUAUAUGAAAUUUUUUUUUCCUGAAAAAUGGACACUGUCCAACUAUUGCCGUCUUUACAAAACUGUUGAAUAAAUUAUAUUGAAACACAGAAAUUAUUGGAUAAUAAUAAGGAAAAAAGUUUAUUAAUUUUAGGCUGUCAGUAACAUAAUUUUUUUUAUUUAAAAUUUUUAAUGUUUUCGUCAUUAUUUUGAACUUUUGACAGCCAAAUUUUUUUCCUUUUCAUUUAUUUUGAGUUGCAAAAAAAAGAAGUAUUAUUUUUACAAUAAUUUUGAUCGAAUGUAUUGACAAUUAAAAUACUUAUUAUUUAUUGUAUACACAUUAAGCCACUGUGAUGUUACUGUUUAUGUAUAUUGAUAUACAUAUAUUUAUGAAUAAACAAAAAAUGUGUAUGUGUACCUGCGUACAUAUAUAAA